GAGCUGGUAAACCCACAGUUAGCAUUAUCAUAUUUGUUAUUGAUAUUGUGGUUUUGUUCAUGUGUAUCGCCUCAUUAAUACUAUGUUGUCGUGCGCUUCUUCGAGCUCACCUCCUAAAGCUGGCAACAGUACAGUUUGUUAGAAAUGCAUUGGGACGAGAGUUGAUGCUAAGUGAUCAAUUGGAAUUUUUGAAUUUUUGGUAUGUGAUGAUUGUUGCAAACGACAUAUGCAUUAUCUGUGGCACUCUCUGCAAAAUCACAAUUGAAUUCAAGGAUUUUGAUAAUGAUCUGUUUACUACGUCUGGUAUAUUACUGGGCACCGGUGCUCUUCUGGUUUACGUCGGUGUACUGCGUUACUUCUGUUUCUUUUCAAAAUAUAACAUAUUAAUUUUAACAGUAAAGAAAUCAUUACCGAAUAUUCUUCGAUUUAUGUCAUGUGCAGCUGUUCUUUAUGCCGGUUUUCUUAUUGCCGGAUGGGUUAUAAUCGGACCGUAUAGUUUAAAGUUUCGUACUUUGGGAAAAUCAUCAGAAGCGUUAUUUUCAUUAUUAAAUGGUGAUGAUAUGUUUGCUACUUUCUUUACUAUCAACGACUCUAAUACCAUUAUUAAAAUAUUUGGCACAGUAUACAUUUAUAUAUUUGUAUCUUUAUUCAUUUACGUAGUUUUAUCACUAUUUAUUGCUAUAAUCAUGGAUGCUUAUGAAGUCAUCAGGGAUCGCUACAGAAGUCAAGAGGUGGAAAAGAAAUCACUAUUACAACUUUUAUGUGCAGGCGAAUCACAUAAUUUAGUAGAUGCUGAAGAAAGACGAUUUCAGUAUUCUCCAAGAAAUUUACUCGAAUUAGAUUGUUGUGAUUUUUUUCGAUUAACUGACCGAUACCGUGAUCUAUUUCGUUGUAUGCAUCAACAGCGACCACCAUAUAAUUCUAUUGAAAAUUGA